UUGGUUCUGCCCUUUCGCGUGAGCGACGCUCCUAUUUCCGUGUCAGUGUGUGCCUCCGCGUCGAGACGCCGUUUAUCUGAGGACUUGAAAUAUUUUCUCAGCGCGCGUGAAACAUUUCAUAGGUUUAUUAAUGUUUUUUGGCCCCCAGAAGCCCACAAUGGAGAUGAACGAGAUCGGAAGUCUUCAGCUACCGGACCAGGUGAAUCAACCGUUUGCCAUUGCCAGUAUAGGUGACUACUUUGUUGCGUGGACCAAGGGAAGCGUCGAAUGCUUCCAGCUCAAGUACAAACACAUAAACGAGGACGGGGCGCUGAAUCACAUUCUCAGUCGGUUCGAAUGUUCCAAGGAGAAACCUACCGGUCAACUAAUGACUAAGGAAACCGAUAUCUACAACAGCAGCAAUCGAUACGAUCGGAUGAAAAUCUUGCUCGAUCAGACCAUAAUUCCGAACGUAGCCACGCUGUACGUCAGCAAUGUAUUGGCUGCGGUAUCACCACUAGGGAUUUUUCCGGAUUACAACGUCUGUCUGGUGGCCCAUUUGACUAACAUGGGUCAACUAUCGAUUCAUCGGUUUGACAGCCUUCAGAACGAAUGGCAACUGUACGUGGAUGUCUCGGCCACUUGGAAUGCUCACUUCAAUGCCAACAACGUAUUCAAAAGGCUCGACAAGCUGCAGCCGGCUAUUCAUGACGCCUUAAUUACGAGCUUCUGUUGGCGAGAUCAUGCAUUCCACCAUGUGGCCCACUUUGCCAUCGGCACUAAGUCAGGCACAAUUGUCAUUUACAGUUUGCUCUCCGAUAGUGUCCGUAUACAAUUGAUAGUUAACGCCGGAAAGCCGGUGCGAAUGCUGAAGUGGAUCACAAUUUCAGAAGAUCGCAAUCUACUUCUAGUGGGAUUACAAAACGGAAAAAUAACGCUUUAUGGGUUCAAAACAGAACCGGAUGCGACGGUGGUGGAUUUUACGCAGUUAAACGAUGUGUGGUCCGAUGAGGAUAACUUGAUAGUGGGGCAGGUGCAGUACGAAAUGGACUACGCCAACGGGCGGUUGCUGAUUUUAGUAGUCAAGGGGACGCAUUUGAUGGCAUUUUUGUGUAAUUUCCAAGGCAACAUAGGCUCAGUGGCUAUCGAGAACAUGAAUAGCUUUAUGAUAACAGGUCUUCAAUAUCUUUCUCCAUACCGUUAUGUCAUAUGUACACUUCCCGGAAUGUUGUUUUGCGUCAACAUCCACAUUACCAAUGAAGAUCAGUUGCUAAUUAAACAAACUCCCAUUACUACCGAUUUGAAUCUCAGCAAAUACUCUAUCUACGGAGUCACUGCCUCGCGUAACCGAUCCUGUUGGCUUUUCAUCGGCUAUCCAUCAAAAAGCUUCGAUCGCCUGAGCCUACGCACACCAACGGUUAUCUUCUUCUGCAAAUUCAACGAAUGCGACGCUAUACAAAUCCUGCUGGACAAUCCUACCCUACGAAUGACCAACUAUUACGAUUGUGCCGAAGUUGUUCGCUUCGGUGGCAAUCGCAAUCCGGAUGCGGUGAAACUUCUUGAACUAAGAGCAUCUUACAGCGCCAAUGUAGACGACAGUUUCGCCUACCAUCUGAAACUUCAACUGAUCCAACUGGGUGCGAGACUGAGUCACUUCAAAAAGCGAUGCCAACCAAUAGCCGAAGUGCUUUUCAACCAGUCUCAAUUUUUGCAAAUCGUUAUCGAAAUUCUCCAUGCGGCGAAAGUUAUCGCAUACUUCCUACAUGUCCAUCAUACCCUGAAUCAGCUCAGUUACCACCAGCUACUAACAGUGCGCUGCUUGCGUAAUUUCAUUCAAGAAUUCGUCGACGAUCACUUUCCCGGAGACUUCGAGCACAUACACCUCUCACUGAAACCACCAAUGCAGGAGGUGCUGGUGCGGGCGAACGAGCUGCUUUGCUCUUCAGACCAGCAGUUGUACCUCGAGGAAUGCACUUUCUGCUGCGAGUCAAUCCCGGAAGCGAAAUUAACCUGCGUGGACAAUCACCAAACAUUCCGCUGCUCGAUUACGAAGCAGCAAAUUGAGCUUCAGAACGUGGAAACGAUUUGCGAAAUGUGCGACCGUUGUUCGCUCGAUGCUCAGCAACUGGCGGACAUUUUCAGCGCCGACGGCGGUCAGCUGGUUAUCUACUACAUGGACUGUUGCUUGUGUGACAUGCCCUUUAGGAAGCACGUGAUUCCGUGAGGUUUUUUGUAAUAAUAAAACGCGUGACCACGACAAGUACGUACAG